UAUUACGGCGCCGAAAAAAACAAAAACAAACAAACAUGGACGGGCCUGAAGAAAGUUGCAAAGAAAUAGAAGAAAAAGAUACAAAUUUUGCAUGCAUUUUGGAAUUGCCAGUUGAAAUAAUUGAACAUAUAUUUACAUAUACUAUUCUUGAUUAUAAAGAUGUUUUAAAUGUAUCCGAAGUAUGCUCUAUUCUUCAUGAAGUCGGCAGAAACAACAAAAUAUGGAGACAAAAACUUGGCCAAAGAUGGCCACGGAUGCUUGCCAGAUAUCAGAGACUCAAAGUCUAUGAUUGGUACAAGGAGUUUAAAAGCAGGCAUAGUUUUGGUGUCCGGGUUAAAUCAGCAGUUGGAGGUCUUUCAAGCCAACAUUACCUUCAUGAUGAGGUGUCCAAGGAAGAUUUUCAUGAAUUCACCACCAUGACACAUGAACAUGAGCAAGCUGGAGAGUUUCUAAUUGAUGAACUCAUGAGUAUAGUUAAUGAUGGAGAUAGUGAUAAAAAUUUGACUCUCAAAUACUAUGCAGAAAAAGUUCUUCGUUUUAUGCAACAAACCCUCUUGUCAAAGAAAGUUCAGGCAUUUACAGAGGUACCUCCAGAGUGUCAGCUUCUUGAAACUGGGGCUUGUCUACUUGCACAGUGGUGUCAACCAUUUGAGAAUUUCACACAAAAUGAUAUAAGUGAUCAGUUAGAUAGCCUGGCAUCAGAAGUAUCGCACAAUUUAAAAACAACAUGGCCACAUCAUCCAGCUGUUAAAGCUGACAUCAACAUAGAAAGUGUGACAUCUGAUUUGUGGAACAGUGAGCAUUGUAAGAUGGUCCUUGAUUCUAUAAAUAGAGUGAUGUUUAACAAGCAUAAGUUUGAGGGCAACAAGACAAGAUACUAUGAUAUCAACAAUUCAUAUAUAAAUAAGGUUUUAUCUUCUGAGACUGGUAUACCAAUUACAUUAUCAAUAGUUUAUUCAGCAAUAGCUAGAAGACUAGGUGUUAUAUGUGAACCAGUCAAUGCACCAUCUCACUUCCUGCUUAGGUGGAAACAAGAUCCAUCGCAAAGUUUAGAACACAUGUAUACAUACAUAGAUGUAUUCAAUGGUGGAAAAUUUCUCAGCUAUGGACAGUUACACACUGCACUCAAUGUUCCGGAGACUUUGAUAAACCUAAACAACAUGAAGAUAACCAGUCCUGUACAGGUUUUGGAGAGAAUGAUCAGGAAUCUUAUUGCCAUUGGACGAGAGCAGGGCAGAAUGGGAGACAACUUGCUUUGUUUACGUAAUGCAUUAGAGUUCUCUCUCUUGAUCUCACCAGAUGAUUUUGAAAUGCGUCUGCUGUUAGUCAGGGUGAAUUUACAUUUGAACAUUAACCUGCCUGAUGUGCUACAAAAUCUGCAGGUAAUAGCUGAUGAAGAUCAGAACAGGAUGGGUCUGGUAGCUUACCUCAUGGAUGCUGCACAAACACAGAUGGAGGAUAAUAAAGUGAACAAGGACAAAAGAAAGAUCAAUGUAAAGACUAGAAAGAAACCAAAAGAUGCCUUGUACUCUGUUGGCCUUAUAAUGAAACAUAGAAGAUAUGACUAUGAUUGUGUUAUAUAUGGCUGGGACGCUAAAUGUGAGGCUACACAUGAAUGGAUUAUACAGAUGGGUGUUGACCGUUUACCUCACAAAGAUAAACAACCUUUCUAUAAUGUCCUUGUAUCUGAUGGUACUAACAGAUAUGCAGCAGAAGAAAGUUUAGAGAUGCAUCCUGAAUGCUGUCCUAUCACUCACCCUGAAGUUGGCAAAUAUUUCACAUCAUAUGAGAAAACUCAUUAUAUACCCAACACAGAGAAGGCCACAGAGUAUCCUGAAGAUAUUGAACUGACUGAAAAAUUAGUUCAUGAACACCAUCAUACAUGAGGGCUAUAUUUUACCUGUAGUCUGUGAUUACUCAAAAUCAGUGUGAAAAAUUAGUUCAUGAACUCUGUCUUAUAUGAGGAUUAAAUUUUACCUAUAGGCAAUAAUUUUUCAAUCGGUGUGAAAAUUAGUUCAUGUACACUUUCAUACAUGAGGAAUAUAUUUUACCUAUAGACCAUGAUUACUCAAAAUUAGUGUGAAAUUUAGUUCAUGAACACUUCCAUACACGAGGGAUUUAUUUUAUCUAUAGGCAAUAAUUUCUCAAAAUCAGUGUGAAAAUUUGGUUCUUGAACACUACCAUACAUGAGGAAUAUAUCUUACCUGUAGUCCAUGAUAACUCAAAAUCAUUGUGAAAUAUUGGUUCAUGAACAGUAUCAUACAUAAGGGAUAUAUUUUACCUAUAGGACAUGAUUACUCAAAAUCAGUGUGAACAUUUCAUGAACACUAUAUUACAGGAGGAAUAAUCUGUUAAUGCUAUAGAUAGUCUAUGAACAAAGUGAAGUGUACUGGUUUGUGAACGCUAUAGUCCAUAAACACAAAUUAAAGUGAAAUAUUGGUUUGCGAAUUGUUUCAUUCAUGAGCGACACAGUAAAAUAUGUUUAUUAACACAUCUUAUAUACAAUGGUUAGUCCAUGUUUAAUGAAAAACUUUUUCAUUUGCCUCAUUAUAUUUUUCCAUGAACAUUGGGAAUUACAAGGGAUUUUUCUUUACACUAUGAUAAUUAAUAUGAUAAUUAUUGGCUAAUUUAAAUUGUCAAUGUUUGUAGCUGCCAUACAAGAAGGUUGGUUAUGAACUAAAGAGAAAGGUUUAUUCAUGAACAUUGACAUGCAUGGUAAAAUGUAUUUGUAAAUUAUUACCUGUAGUCACUGUAAGUGUGUUAAAGAGAGAAAGACUUAUUCAUGUACACUGAGAAAAAUUUGUUGCAUGAAAAUUUGAAUUAAUUAAGAAAUAUUUAUGAACACUUUCAUUGUCUAUUGCCUACAGUCUAUGUCAAUCUGAAAUCACAGAUAAUGGGAAGAGAUAUAUUGAUUUUCAUUCAUAAAUGGUUAAUUAGAAAUGGUUGUUUAUUAACCCCUAACCUGCUGCAACUUAAAAUGAUUUACUACCAGUAUAGAGUUAGCCUGUCUGCACCUCUGUGCAGUCUGUCCAGGCUCUAUACUGCUGGUAGCUGAUUAUUAUAUUUUGAUAUUGAAAUCCCUUAAACUUUUGGAUGAACUAUUCCAACCUUAUAGCUGAGAAAAUCCAUUGUACAAUAUUCAGCAAGUUAUUGGUAAGGAAAUAUUUUUUUAUGAACACUCAUACCUGUAUUUGAGAAUGAUACUAGUGAGAUUAACUUGUACAUUAUUUAUAUAAUAUAGUACAGUCUAUAUUGAUUUAUAUUUAACAAAAUCAGGUUAUCUAAGUGUUCUUAAAACAUUAACUCUAGGACAUCAUUCUCAUUUGACUUUAUUUAAUAUGAUAAUUAUGCAUUGUUUUAUUAUGCACAGUUUCUUGUAGACAAUAUUUUUUGUCAUUGCCAUAUAUAUACAGGAAAAUAAAAUUUGUGAUGGUUGAGGUACAUUCUACAGUGAUUGUCAGCUUUUAGGGAAUGGUGACUGGUUGCUUUUAGAGGAUAAAAAUUGCAUAAAUUAACAAAUUACAGCAAUACUUUUGACAAUUGCCUUGACUUUUGAUGAAAAUAAGUAUGAAAAAAGAACAAAAGAACAUGAUUUUGUCCUUAAGUUUCAGUUGUCCUUCAAUUUCAAGAACUGCAAAAAAAAAACCUAGAAUAUUUUAGUUUGAAUAUUUUUUUUAAAAAUAUUUUUUGUUUUGUUUUGGAAAGUUUGCCAAAGGUAGAAGAAAAAACAUGCUUUUUGAAUAUGGGAUACGGUCUAGUUUCAGCCCCAAUAAUGAUCCUGUACAAUCAGGAUAUAGUUAGGAGAAUAUCUGGUCUAUAGACAUCAGUAGAUUGCAAGUUUGAGUCUUAGAUGAAGCAUACAUUUUGUCAAUGUUCUUUCUCAGUGUCUUCCAUGUGUGUGUUAAUAUAAGUCACAUUAAUAUUUGAUAAACAAUAUAGUCAUUUGUUACUUAACAAUUCUAACAUGCAUAAGACUACUUUUGCCUUAUUUAAUAGUUAAAAUCACUAUUUAAAUCACUUUAGCACAUUACAACUCAAUACUGCACUGAAUAAGGAAAAGGAGUGUUGACACCCAAUAUAACAUCAUUGGGACAUUCUAAUAUACCAACCAAAUGACAUCAUAAAAAUGUGAAAAUUACAUCACCACAUAAAGUAGUUCAACAUGUUAUCUCUUUCUAUGUUCAUGUUAGAAUAAAAAAGAUAUUAAAUUAUUCUUGCCUUGUAGUACCAUAUUUCAUAGUUUAUCUUUCAGAUGUUUCAUAAUUAUAUACAUGUAUUAGUGGGCAUUGAAUGUGAACCAUGCACUGUUCUACAACAUCAUAUUGAAUGUUGAUAUCUGUUAAAUGAAUCUUUUUAACAGCACUUUAAUUUACAUGGAAUAAAUAAAUCUGAGCUGGUAUCAGGGAUUGUUACUUAUUUUGUUUUAUAUAUCAUAACUGUACAUUGUUUUAUAUAUCAUAAUUGUACAUAGAUUUUGAUGGUUUUGAAUGUGAAUUAUAACAUAAUUAUUACUGCAAGUUUAAAUUUUUGUUGUGCCUGUUUAGUUGAAAAUAUUAAAAGGAAUGUAUUAAUGUA